AUGCCGUUUCGAGUACCUUCGCUCGAUGAUGUACGGGUACCUCCAACAGAAAGCAGUCGUUUUGAUGGCAUCUACGAUUGGGCCGGAGAAUCUGACACACUUUUCAUGGGCCGUUUGCUACAUAUUCUCGCUGUUCUCUCUGCCAAUGUCGUCUAUCGACAAGCUUUGCCAGUCAUCAAACUCAUGUUAGUGGCAGGCGUCAUCAGCACUUCAUUGGAGGUUUGUCUGAUGCAAAUUCAUCUUCGAGAGGCCGACGGCGACCUCAAGAGGCCGGGCAAAGGUCCGGGCAAACUCCUAGUAUGA